AUGAAAUCAGGAAACCUCUCUGAGACUGCAGAAUUCCUCCUCCUGGGACUGUCAGAGGAUUCAGAACUGCAGCCUCUCCUGUUCUGCCUGUUCCUGUCCAUGUACCUGGUCAUUGUGCUUGGUAACCUGCUCAUCAUGCUGGCCAUUAUCUCUGAUGCCCACCUCCACACUCCCAUGUACUUCUUCCUCUCUAAUCUGUCUCUCAUUGACAUCUGUUUUACCACGACCACGAUCCCAAAGAUGCUCAUGAACAUCCAGACACAGAGCAUAUCCAUCAGUUACAUGGGCUGCCUCACCCAGAUCUGCUUUGUCCUGACUUUUGCUGGAUUGGAAAAUGGAAUUCUCGUAAUGAUGGCCUGUGAUCGAUUUGUGGCCAUCUGUCACCCACUGAGGUGCAAUGUUAUCAUGAACUCCAAAUUCUGUGGGCUUCUGGUUCUGCUGUCCUUCUUUAUUAGUAUUCUGGAUGCCCUGGUCCAUACAUUGAAGGCACUGCAGCUGUCCUUCUGCACAGACCUCAACAUUCCUUACUUUUUCUGUGAACUAGCUCAUAUUCUCAAGCUCGCCUGUUCUGAUACCCUCAUCAAUAAUAUCCUUGUGUAUUUAGUGACCAGUCUGUUGGGUGUUGUUCCUCUCUCUGGAAUAAUUUUCUCUUAUACUCAAAUUGUCUCCUCAGCUGGUGGAAAGUAUAAGGCAUUUUCCAUCUGUGGGUCACACUUAAUAGUUGUUACCUUGUUCUACGGGACAGGUUUUGGGGUGUACCUUAGUUCUGAAGCUACUCGCUCUUCCAGGAAGAGUGCAAUAGUCUCAGUAAUGUACAUGGUGGUCACUCCUAUGAUGAACCCCUUUAUCUACAGUCUGAGGAACAAAGACGUGAUGGAGGCUUUGAGGAAACUCAUCACUAGAAUAUCAUCUUUCCAUUGA